AUGACGUCGCGCCAUGAAACGCGAGCUGAGAAACAAGCAUUCCUGGAGCAACUUAGUCGAGUGCACGAUGGCGACCGCUUGCGAAUUUUGAAGGAGCACCAGCAGUAUCUGAACGGCCAGCGCCCGACGGACGCUGACUUCUCGUCUGCGCGCAAACAGACUUCACAGCAGGGCAGACAACCACGCGCUUGGGUCCCACCAACUGGAAAAGACGCAUCGUAUAUGCGUGCCAACAUGCACUCUGCAUUGAUGACCCGUCGUGCAGUAGCCGCAAAGACAGUGGCUGGGUCUGGCAAGAAGCGACUUGGCCCGAGGAAGAAACUAGUGGAUGAGCCGUCAGACGAUGAUGAAGACUACGAAGACGACGAAGAAGGAGACGAUGAUGAAUGCGAAGACGAGGGCUACGGCAGCGCUGGCUUCUAUGCUGAGUUACAAAAAGGGUCCGAGGCCGAAAGCGGAAAUGAUGCUACACGAGGCCAGGCAAAGACUUCGAAAGCUUCGCGAAAGAAAUCCACAGUCGCAACGAAGGAGGCAAGUAAGGCCACAGCAGCUGCGAAGAAACCGAGGAAGAAGAGCGCACGUACGCUAGCAAAAGAAGUAAGAGAAGCCGCAGUUGCUGCUGCAAAGGCGGCCAAGGUAAAAGCGGCGCAAGACAAAGCCACAGAGCAGCAACGUGCUGGGAAGGAAGCAAAGUCUGCAGCUCGUAAGCGCUUGGAAGGGAAGAACAAGAGGCGAAAGACAGCAACGGCAAUGGGAUCGAACUCACCAAAACGCUGGGGAUCACCACACAGAGCAACGAAUGACAGUGAGGAAUGUUCGAGCUCGGAUAGCCGCCGAGCUGAGCGUGCUGUCACACCAGCUACUUCGGGGACGAACUCCGACCUGGCUACACCUGCAAGUCUUUUACUACGUACCACCACCCACGGCGAGACUAGCAGACCACAGCCAACGGCAAGAAUAGCAGACCCGCUACCACGGAGUGCGCCGUCUACAGCGCAUGAUGGCCCUCCAUUGCCUCAACCUGCUGAAUCAUCAGAUUCUGGAUUGAAUUUAGGUGCUUUAGAUUCCGAUUGUGAAGAUGAAGAUGAGGAGUUGGUUUUUGUGGAUGAAGAAGAUGUACCCGUCGACCCACAAGUCCCUGCUGAGAUACCGGACAUUGCAGAGACGAUGGAUAGCGCAGCGGAGGAAGAGGAGGUGGUUGCGGUGGGAGAUCCGCAAAAGUUUCCGUCCGACCAAAGUUACCCUGGAUUAUACUACGGACCGUCCGGCCCUUCUCCAGAAGUGAUACGUUUUGCUGACUCCCCGUUGGACCUGUUUCUCUAUUUUAUGCCGAGGGAAUUGUGGAAGAAAAUAGCUGAAGAGUCUACUGUUUAUCAUGAACAAAAUCUGGUGGCUCGAGUGGACAAAAUGUACGCAAAACAAAAGGUGCCUGGAAAAAAGACGAAAGAGGAUUUCAUGGAGCGUGAGGCGAAACAUGCAGACAUCAAAGCUCAUGAAAUCGUGGUACUGUUGGGGCUUCUCAUUGCCCGCAUGACCAACCCCCAGCGGCGACACUUCUACGAUCACUGGUCUACAACGUCGAUUGGUGCGGUGGCCGCUGGUACUUUUGGGAAGUUCAUGAGGCGUAAUCGCUUCACCUACAUCCUGUCCAAUCUACACUUCACAAACAAUGGCGACGCUCGUGCAGGAACGGAUAGAGCGUGGAAGGUGCGCUCCGUUGUGGAUACCCUUCAAACGAGUUUUGGAAAUGGUUACACAACACCUCCGGUUCUUUCGUUUGAUGAAGCCAUGAUUCCGCUGCCAAACCGCCACAAUCCUACACGCCAGUUUGUUGCCAACAAACCUCACCGUUGGGGCACGAAGAAGUUCAUGACGUGCUGCGCGAAGUCGUCCUAUUGCUUGAGGCUCGAGAUCUAUUGUGGUGCCGAGCAGCACAUUGACGAGAUUGGAAACAUACCUCCAUCUGUGCAGUCCGUCGACCUAAAUACAGGGCCUGCAGCAGUGAUGAGGAAUUUGGAAGCGGUGCUUCCCCCUCAAAAAGACGGUGUAUUCUAUCUCGAUGCGAUGGAUCGAUUCUAUACGUCGGUGCAGCUAGCCUACCAGUUGUUGAAAAGGCAAGUUUACUGCGUGGGUACAAUUCAAGACGACCGUCAGGGCUUCUGUCAAGACAUCGCAGUGAAGAGUGGUAAACGUCCGAAAAAGAUUGACCAUGGAACUACCCGCAUGGCCGUGGCCAAAAAUUGUCCGCUGAUGACUAGCCUAGUGUGGUGGGACCGCCGGCCAGUUCUGCUUCUUGGAACUGGAGGGAGUCGUGCAAUGGAGAGCUGCUACCGUUGGAAGUCAGGUGGUGUGCGCUCUGAGAUCCCUUGCCCUUCAAUGAUGCGAGAUUAUCAUCGCUGGAUGGGCGUGGUCGACGUACAUGACCAGCUGCGGCUUCAGCGCUACUCGCUUCAGCAACAGACGAAGUGCAAGAAGUAUGACAAGGCUAUAUUCUUGGGAUUGGUGGACGUAGCGAUCGUGAACGCGUACAUAGUCUACCGCGAGGCACAGAAGAGUCGCAAUGGUAAGUCACUUACGCAUGCCGAGUUCCUGACGCAACUUCAAGCGCAGAUGCUUGAUCUCACUGAAGAAGACUUUGCUGAGCGCCAGCCACAAGUGGGAGGGUCAGGUGAGAUUCUUAGUGCACUUCCAGCAGAUCAUGUGCCGCGCGAAAAUCCAGACUACCAAGAGAUCAACGGGCAGCGCAAACGCAGACAACGGCAGUGCAAGGUAUGCUCCAACCGUAAGCGCAGUAUCGGUGAGCGCCGCGCAACCAAGUACUAUUGCCCUGGCUGCAGUCCAUCUGAGAAAACAAGAACGUACUUGUGUAAUAAGGUGUGGCCCCAUUGGAAGAACAAUACGCUUACUUGCCACCAAAUAUGGCACCACCAAUGGAAGAAUGGUGCUGAGCGACCUCGUCCGCGGUGCGGCCGUGAUAUCCAGAACCGCGAGGCUGGUGCAGGACUCGGAAAACGAAAACGGCGCAGACGAGCAGGGGGUGAGGCCGCUGACGAGGAAGACACAGCUGAGGGUGAAGACGACGCGGAAGGCGAGGGCAGUGCUGAGGGCGAGGACAAUAAUGAAGAGGAGAAUAAAGAGUGA